AAAGCAUUCACUUCCCUGUUUUGGCUGAGUGCUCUGAUAAAUCGCCGGGUUGCUUCAUAGAGCUGUUGGCACGAUGCUUGUCGAGAUGUUUGUGUGAUUUUUGUGGAUUUACACUCACUUGGACUAAAGCUGGAUAAACCCCACAUAAUGUGUCAGAUUUCAGGAUGAAUCUGGAUCCAAACUGCUCCAACAUGUCUGUGGAUUCUGGUGCUGUGAAGCCCGAGCAGGGACCGGUGGAGUACCGCAUUACCGGCCUGGUCUUCUACUGCUUCGUCUUUGUCAUCGGAGUUAUCGUCAACCUCACCGCUUUAUGGGUGUUCGCCCUCACCACCAAGAAAAGGAACUCCAUCACUGUCCACAUGAUCAACGUGGCCGUGGUGGACCUAACCUUCAUCCUGCUGCUUCCCUUCAGGAUGGUUUACCACCACCUGGACUACUGGCACUUUGGAGACCUGUUCUGCAGGAUCAUGUCUGCUCUCACCAUCUUCUACCCCUGCAUGGCUCUGUGGCUGUUUGCUCUCAUCAGCGCUGACCGUUACAUGGCCAUCAUGCAACCGAAGCAUGGCAAAGAGCUGAGGAACGUCCCCAAAGCUGUAGUGGGGAGUUUAGGGGUGUGGGUCAUGACUCUUGGCAGCACAGUGCCCCUGCUUUUCUCUGAGAAUGACCCAGAUCGUGCCUCCAACUUCACCACCUGCAUCAAAAUGCAAGACAUCAUCUACAUGCGCCACGAUAACCCUGUCAACUUUGUGCGGCUGGUCUUCUUCUUCCUGGUUCCUAUCUGCAUCAUGAUCGGCUGCUAUAUCAUCAUCGUGAAUAAUCUGAUCCACGGCAGAACAUCCAAACUCAAACCUAAAGUGAAGCAGAAGUCUAUCCGUAUCAUCAUCACGCUGAUUGUCCAAGUGUUGGUGUGUUUUGUGCCGUUUCAUGUGUGCUUGGUGGUGCGUUUGCUCGGGGAUGGCAAAGAUGGAGGUUUUAGCACAUGGGCCAUCUUCACCACAUUCCUGAUGAACCUGAGCACCGUGUUAGACAUCAUUCUGUACUACAUCGUCUCCAAACAGUUCCAGGACAGAGUGAUCAGUGUGAUUCUGUACAGGAACUAUCUGCGGAGCGUGAGACGGAAGAGCAGGCACACCCACACAGGCAGCGUCAGAUCAAUGAGCAACCUGACCAGCGCCAUGAUAUGAAACUACCAUCAAACUUUUACACCGAUGUACUGCACACGCUUUGUUACACUGAAUGCAUCGCUGUGCAUGAGGCUUAUUAUCAAAAGGAUCAAAACUUGCAAUUAAUUUCUGAGGUGUAAUUUACACUCACAGUAUGGGAGUGCUGCUGUCGUAGCAAAAACAUCUGUGUUCAGAGCUGAUUGACUCACCCAGGAGACUGGAGAUGUUUUCUGUGCAUCUUUGCACUGGCAGACAAAGCACAAGUGUCUGUGGCUCAGGUGUAACACAUGCAGGCGAAAAUGAAGCUUAUAAUCAUUAAAAACAUAGCCCACAGUA